AUGACCGAUUUCAGCAAGACCUCCCCAUCUCCUGCAGAAGAUGGACCCCAGGAUGCUGAUAUGUACAAUAACACUUGGUUGUCUAGUCAUAAUACUUCCAGUGGUAGCCCGGAGCAGAAUUUCAAUUCUGUUCGUAUUAUUUACAUCUUCAUCUUAUGUAUUUGCAUCAUUGGGCUUGUGAGGAAUGGAAUUGUCGUCUGCCUUCUUGGUUUCGACAUUAAAAGGAGUCCUUUCACGACGUACAUCCUGAACUUGGCUGUUGCUGACUUUGGGGUCUCUCUGUCCUUUGAUCUGGCUUUAAUUUUAAUACAGGCCCACACGGAAAGUGUACUUGCGAUUGCAAUCGUUUUACAUUUUGUCGUCUUCAUGUAUACUGUGAGUCAACUUUUAUUGACUGCCAUCAGCAUCGACAGGUGUGUGUCUGUCCUCUUCCCCAUCUGGUAUCGAUGCCACCGGCCACGACAUUUCUCCACCGUUGUGUGCACCGUAAUAUGGGUUCUCUCCUUCCUGUUCUCUGGCAGUUCAGUAACUAUAGACCUUUUGGAACAUUUUGGGGCAUAUUGGAUGCAUUAUUCUUCAUAUAUUGCAGGUUCUGUUGUUUUCUUCCCUCUGGUGACUAUCUCCACCAUGAUUCUGUUCUUCAAAAUGUACUGCACAUCACAGCAGCCUCGGAGAGGAAGGGUUCUAACCAUCGUGUUAAUUACUCUCCUUUUCUACUUACUCUUUGCUUUUCCAACCAACACAAUUUACACUGUCAACUAUUUCUUUGGGUAUAAAUACGACUAUCUAGCAGUAUAUGGUGCCUUAUGCAGCUGCCUCAACAGCUGUAUCAACCCAGUGAUCUAUUUCCUGGUUGGGAGGAGGAAGAGGAGCCAAGGAAGGCAGAGCCCGACGUUACUACUCCAGAGGGCUUUCCAGGAGGAAGAAGAGCGUAGAGAGGAACACGGCACCACGGACCAGACAUCGCUAUAA